ACAAAGAAGAGUAGGGGAGCGAGUGAAAUGUUGAGUGAUGAGAAUCUGAAGGACAUGGAUGGGCUUCGGCGUGGGCCAGACUACAUUGAAGUCACAUGCGGAUGCACCAGCCAGAGGUUUGGGGACUCUAUUGGUAAGCUGAAGGUCUUCGCCUCAGGCCAGUUCCUCAUAUCUUGCAAUUGCUCUGACGGUUGCAAAGAAGGCAUGCUGACCCUUGAAGAGUUUGAGAAACAUUCAUCAAGAAGAGGCCCCAAAAAUUGGAAAAGGAACGUAUGGGUCAGGGUGGACCGAGCCAAAGUUCCAUUGUGGAAAAGUGGUCUGCUAAAAUAUUACAAGCACGGCUCGAACCUUCCAGCCCCAGGAGGCUGCAUUCGCCGCAAGUGGAACUUCCACAGGGACGAGUUCAUUCGUUGUUCGAGGUGUAAGAAAGAACGCAGGUUUCGUCUGAGGACCAAAGAGGAGUGCAGGAUCUUCCAUGAUGCUUUGGCCACAAGGAGGUGGAAGUGUUUUGAUAGGCCUUAUGACAAAAUAACCUGUGAAGACGAAGAAGAAAGGGAGAGCCGCAAGAACGUCAGGGGAUGUCCUCGGAAUUCAUCAUGCCAUGGCUGCACCUCUUGCGUGUGCUUUGGCUGCUUAAGAUGCCGAUACUUCGACUGCAACUGCCGCACUUGCGUCGACUUUAUGCAGAAUGCUUCACCAUAGACCUCUUGCAUGAGUUGAGUGUUCAAUAUCAUUCUUCAAUAAAAAAACUUCAAGACAUUUUGUUAAGAGGAAUGCUUUGGGAUCGUGAUUGAUUUUGGUCUUUUGUUUCUCUCAAUCUUCCAAAAACUAAGUAGAAUAAGGGUUCUAUGGGAGGUGGUCUCUCAUAUACAUACUUUAGUUUCCAUUUCAUGUUA